CGUGUGCACCUUCUCAGCGUGUGCCCUGUACUCGACUGCUGGUAUGUGGAGGAAAAGCCAGGCAGUUUCCCCUCUGCCAUGAAGCAGGAGAAAUCCCUCAUGUACAUCAGAACCAGCGCCGACCUGACCCGGCCGGAGCAGAACCACCCCUCUGACAUCGACCCAAAGAGGGUCUACUAUGUCUCAGAUCCGUCCGGGCCCCUGUGCAGUUCCUCUCUGCUGUCGGUAGAGGGCGCUGUGGAGAAGCCGCAUUGUGAGAUUAACCCCUUCACUCCUCAUCCCGCCCAGGUGGACUGGAGCCUCUCCCUGACCAGCAGCGGUGUCAGCCCAGCCCAACUGGGAGCUGAUUGGCUCUCCACCUCCAUCACCGCCCACAACGGGGACAUAAGUGUGUCCAGCAUCUUGAGGAUUCCCACAGCAACCAGGCAGGCCACAGCGGUUCUCAGUGUGUUCUCUCACACCCCGGUCCUGCGAUCUCGUCUCGGGCAGUUGGCUCGUCUGGACUGUGGGUUCUCGGUGCUGCCGGGCUGGCAGGAACCGGGUUCUGGGUUUGCGGUGGAGUGGCGGUACCAGUUCCGCGGGGAGGGCCGGCUGGUCUAUGCGUACAACGGACAGACAGACAGACUGGAGGAGCGCAGUGCCCAGCAGGAAGAGGCAGGCAUGGACCUGGAGGCGCUGCACCAGACAGGAAACGCAUCACUGCUGCUGCGCAAUUUAGGCGUGCAUCAUGGGGGCACUUACAUCUGCACUGUGUACCUGCCCUACAUCCUGGCACAGGUAGCAAUGGAGCUGGAGGUCACAGAGCCCCCACGCCUCUCCCUCUCCCCCUCCCCUCUCUGGUCCCCCCCCGGCCGGCCGGUCCAGCUCUCCUGUGAGAUCUCUGGGUUCUACCCCCUGGAUGUGGAGGUGCAGUGGCUGUGGCAGCCUGCAGGGGGCGCCGGGGUGCGCUACCUCCCGGAGGCUCAGCUCUCCGGACACACCCAGAACCCUGAUGGGACGUACAGCCAGACCAGCUUCCUGAGAGUCACCCCAGAGUCGGGGGACCACCAGGGCCAGUACUCCUGCAUAGCGACUCACCUGGGGGCCAGGUACAGGAAGACAGCCACCCUGCACAUCGCAGGUGCGUCGGGCCCCUCUAUUGAAGAUGCGAUCGGUUUGUUUGUUGUGGCGUUUCUUCUGUAUGGGCUUCUGAAGCUGGGGAGCUGGCUGUUCUGUGCUAAAGCUUUCCCUGCAGUUGAAAUAGACAAGCAGAAGGCAGAGUGAGUUGGAGUGUCUUCCUCUGUGUAGCAGAGUGCCCUGGUGGUUGAAGUCAUUCCAUUUCUGAAGUUUUGGACUGAGGAAGAAUUCAGUUUGUUUUUUCUUUUUCUUUAUAGGAAAGCUUGCGGUUUGUUUUGGUGUUGAUGGGGGGAUUGGGCAGUUCAGCUUUGCACUGUGCAUGUGUGCUAGUCAGUGUGUCUGUAUGUAUGUGUGUGUGCCCGUGUGAGAGUGAGUGCGUGCCUGUAUGAUUGUGUGUGUCCGUGUGCAUGCCUGUGUGAUUGUGUAUGUAUGUGUGUGUGCCCGUGUGAUUGUGUGUAUGUUAGAUGUAAGUUUUUCUAUAGAAAGAAAUCCGUGCCUAGAAUAAUUGAAUCUGUACUUGUGAUAUUGUUUAAGAUGUUCAUUCUACUGGUACUGUGUAUAUAUUGAACUCUCACAGCGAAUCAAGACACCUGGGUUUAAAAGGCAGCCAAACAACAUACUGUUCAUUAUUUAUUAAGACAGUCUUCUCAUUAAUACCAGUCAUCUGUGCACUUCAGCCUCCUGUAUGAGACGUUUUAUUAUGCAAGCUAACAGCGAAUCUGUCCAGUUGAAUCCUGUGGUAAAGACACACACACAGACAGACAAUUCGGAACUCACACACACACACACACACAUACACAGACACACACU